GGAUGCAAGCAUCACUCUUGCUUGAUAUUCACAUAACUCGGAUCCAUUGUGUCUUCUUAAUUAGCAAAUUUUCCUCUUUCACAAUGACGAAACCAAAGAUUAGAAAUUGGGUUGCAUUGUUAGCCUCACUAUGGAUGAGUUUUUCAGUGAGUGUGUUGGAAGGUGUUGGUCCCAUGGCUGACCCAUUAAAGCUUCAUAGGCAUGGUAAGAACAUAGGGGGAAAGAAAUGGGCCAUUCUUGUAGCAGGUUCAAAUGGUUAUGGAAAUUAUAGGCACCAAGCUGAUAUUUGCCAUGCCUACCAAAUACUAAAGAAAGGUGGUCUUAAAGAUGAAAACAUAGUUGUUUUCAUGUAUGAUGACAUUGCUUUCGAUCCCCAAAACCCAAGAGCUGGUGUUAUAAUAAAUAAACCCAAUGGUCCAAAUGUCUAUGAAGGAGUUCCCAAGGAUUAUGUUGGAGAUGCUGCAAAUGCCAAAAACUUCUAUGCUGUGCUUAGUGGUAACCGAAGUGCUCUCUCUGGAGGAAGUGGCAAGGUUGUGGACAGUGGACCCAAUGACACCAUUUUCAUUUAUUAUUCGGAUCAUGGUGCUCCUGGUCUUGUCACCAUGCCAGUAGGGGAAUAUGUCAUGGCCAACGAUUUUGUGAAUGUCUUGAAGAAGAAACAUGAUGCUAAAUCCUACAAAAAGAUGGUGAUAUACUUGGAAGCAUGUGAAUCUGGGAGCAUGUUUGAAGGGAUACUACCUAAUAACAUAAGCAUAUAUGCGACCACAGCUUCCAACGCAGAUGAGGAUAGUUUUGCAUAUUAUUGUCCUCAUUCCUACCCUUCUCCUCCAACUGAGUACACCACUUGUUUGGGAGAUGUGUACAGCAUUUCGUGGUUAGAAGAUAGUGACAAAAAUGACAUGACAAUAGAAACGCUGCAGCAACAAUAUGAAACCGUUCGCCGAAGAACGUUAAUUGGUAAUGUCGACACCUCUUCUCAUGUGAAACAAUACGGAGAUAGAAAAUUCGAGAACGAUACUCUUGCUACCUACAUUGGUGCACCUGUUAAAACCAACCCCACCAACUCUGCAAAUGCAUAUUCCUUUGAACCAUAUAGUCCUCAAACUAGACAUGUUAGCCAACGAGAUGCUCAUUUACUCUACCUUAAGCUAGAGUUGCAAAAAGCCCCGGAUGGUUCUAUGGAAAAGUUGAAAGCUCAAAUAGAGUUGGAUGAUGAAAUUGCACAUAGGAAGCAUUUAGAUAGUGUUUUCCAUCUCAUAGGGGAUCUCUUGUUUGGAGAAGAGAAUAAUAUCUCUACCAUGUUGCUCCAUGUUCGUCCACCAGGCCAGCCUCUUGUCGAUGAUUGGGAUUGUUUCAAGACCCUUAUAAAAACUUACGAGAGCAAUUGCGGUAAAUUGUCAAUCUAUGGAAGGAAAUACACAAGAGCCUUUGCUAACAUGUGCAAUGCUGGCAUUUCUGAGGAGCAAAUGGUAGUAGCCUCUUCACAAGCUUGUCCCAAGGAAAAUCCUUCUUAAAUUAAUUCGUUAAGUUGAUAAUGUAAUAACCAAUAUAUAUCAUGAAAGAUUAAAAUUGUGCUUUCAUUCUACAAAAUGGAUUAUAAUCCUUUGUAUUGGUUUAUCAUCCGUAAUAUUUAAUGAAAAAAGUAAACUAGAUUGUAGUAUGCCAUGGAA